AUGGAUAUUGAACCAACUUUUAGAGGUUAUAUUCAGAAUGAACUGGACGCUCUUCUCAUAUUCCAAGCAGUUUUAGAUUCUCGACUAAACCAUGUUCCACGUAGACCCUAUGAGAUCGAAAGACCAUACUUGAUUAUUUCAGGUAAUAUUUUUGUCUUUAUUGAAGAAGUCUCUGGAAUUAAAAGAUGGACGGAUGGGAUUACUUGGUCACCAUCAAGGAUUUCUGGGAAGUUUUUGAUUUAUAAAGAACUGGAUAGAAGUUAUAACAACACAUCAAUGUUUCCACAAUCAUCUCAUAUCAAUCGUCAUCCUCAUCAAAUGAUUCCACAGACACAGUCUCAACAGCAACAUCCGCAGACUCAAUCUUUGGUGAGUGGUAAUGGUAAUCCAUAUCCUCAAUCAAAUUAUCCUAUUCAACAAUUUUCAAAAUAUACUGGGUUUGUCAAAAAGACAAUUUCAAUGAAAUUACAAACAAAUGAUAAGGAAAAAGUUCAACAACAUUUCCAUAUCGUGUCAUAUUAUUUGGAAGAUGAUAUUAAUUUCCAUAGAUUGAAACGUCCUUCAGAAUCACCAUUCUUUAAUGAUAUUAAACCAAGCAAAGAAUUGAUUCAAGCUUUAGAUAGUAGUAAUUUAGGUGCUAUAAAUGGUUCAACUAUCCCAAGUAGUACAAAUAAUCAACAAAUAUAUCCAUAUAUUAAUGAAAGAAAACCAAUAUCUGAAGAGAUUAGCGUUCCAACAAACCAGAAUCCUACUUAUCAUCAACAAUUAUAUGGCGCGCCUCAGACUCAAAUGUGGAACCCUCAAAAUAAUAAUAGCAACAAUAAUACUAAUGGUAAUAAUACUCCAAUCAAUAAUAAUUCCAGUAAUAAUAUUAAUACUAAUAAUAGUGGCGGUUCUGACAAUAAUAGUAACGUCAGGUUGGCAUUUCCUCCAGGAAUGCCAAAUCCAAACACUUUAUACCCAAUGCCUUAUGGUCAACAGCAGCAAAUUGGUCAAAAUAGAAUGAUGGUAAAUAAUCCUUAUCAAGUUUACUAUGCAGCUAUACCACCAUCAAUGGGUGUCUCACAUAUUCAAAAAUUUCCAAUAUCCUUAAAUCAACAAAUUGCAUCUGACGUAAAUAAUGUUAAUAAUAACAAUAAUAACAAUAAUUCAAAUCAUUCAAAUAACAAUAAUGACAACAACAUCAAUCAUCAUAAUAAUAAUACCAAUAAUAGCAACAAUAGCAACAAUGACGGUAAUGUAAAUAUAAAUAACAACGGCAUGUACCAACAAAAUAUGGACCAUUCUCAGCAGCAGCAGCAGCAGCAGCAGCAGCCGUAUCCGAUAAACCUCGUUCCUUCUGCAAAUAAUGAAAAUAAUAUCCAUACUCAGCAGUUUUAUCCACCAUUAACAACUAACCAUGUUCAAGGUUAUCCGACGUACUAUGGACAAGGACCCGUCUUACCAAAUAAUGAAACCAUUUAUGGUAAUAAUGACGUAAACAGUGAAAAGCUUAGAAAUAGUUAUUUAGCUGAUAAUAGUAAUACCAGCACUAAUAAUACGAACAAUCGAGCAGAUCCAAUGAAUAUACCUGUUAUAACUACUGCUCGCUUGAAUAAUACUUUGACAGGUCAAACAGUGACAGAUUCACCUUAUGAAUCGCCAUUGGUUCCAUUGACUCAUAAAGCGAUCAAUACAACUAACAAUGCUGUUCCUUCAUCAAUUGCAUCUUCCUCAUUUCAUAGAAAUCAGCGACAACAACAGCAACAGCGGCAUCCAGGUGGUCCAUAUGUUUAG